AUGGUGAGGGUCCAUCACACCAUUGUAUUUUCGUAUAUAUUAUGUUCUAUUGAUGAGUGUAAAUAUUAUACUGUGAAACUGUUUUUUUAUGUAAACGCUUGGAUUACGAAAAAUGGCUCCAAGAAGAAACAAGCCGAUCGUCAAGCUGGAGGGAUUUGCGAUGCGAUUCAAAAAAACGAAAAAAGGCGGAAAAGAACUCUGGUACUGUGUGAGAGAGAGAGACGUGCCAAGUGUGACGCCGUUUACAGCUACGACCCAGCCACCAACACAUUCACUGUUGAAAAAGAUCACGCCAGACACGACGAGGAUUCUGUUAGAAGCGAUGUGCGUAUCAGCUUGGAGAAUCUAAUGGAAGCAUUCAAACUUCGCUAUAAAAGUAAUUUUUCAGACGUUUCUAGCGCGUCAGGAUUUGAAGGAAAUGGCGAAUCAUGGAAGACCACGAGAAGUUAUCAACGCCGUUUUUUGAUGUCCGAUCUUUUGAUGAAAGUUAAGGAGGAAGAAGAACACACUCGGAUGGACGCAGAAGAAUUACGCCUGGACCCCAAUUUUCAAGUCAACAGAAGUAGAAGAUUGAGUAAUGUUAUGAAAGACAAGAGACUCAUCAAAGCUUUGGAAAACUCACCACUUCCACCGAAUGCUCCGCUUACUGGUAUACAGCUACUCGACAGCAUUUCGAUGGCAAAUUCGUCAUAA